AUGUCUAAGGUCAGUGUUCACAUUCGCAAGUACAUCGUCAACAAGCUCCUCGACCGCAAGCAGUUCGUCAUUGAUAUGCAGCACCUCGGCGCUAAGGCCCCAACACGCGACGAAAUUAAGGAUGAAGUUGCCUCCCGCCUUAAGGCCAACAAAGAUCUUGUUGUCAUUUUCGGCCUCGAGACAAAGUUUGGUGGUGGCCAUACAACUGGCUUUGGAUUUGUUUACGAUAGCCUUGAUGCCCUCAAGAAGACCGAGCCAAAGCACCGCUUAAUCAAGGCCGGCCUUGCUGAAAAGGGCAAAAUUACACGUCGUAUGCGUAAGAACGCCCGCCGCCAAAAAGUUAAGGUAUGGGGCUCAGGCAAGCGUGCAGAAGCUCACAAGAUCCGCCGCCAGCAGCGCAAGGAAGAACUUGGCUCACACUAA